CCAGAUAGACAGGUGCUGUGCGGGCAGACGUACAGAGAUAUAUUGGUAUAUUGUCAAAGAAACCAUCUAGCCAAACAACUGACCCAACAACUCUUGAACGCUCGAAUGAGCAGUUGACGAGAAAUCGGCGCAAAAAGAAGCGCUUUUUUUCGACCAGAAUGAAGAAACGGCAAUCGAAAGACAAGACACAUCGACAUCGAUAAUUUACCCAGAAGAAGAAUAUCUUGGGAAAAUUUAGCAAGGAUGGCUAUUAGCUCCAAUACGAAAAAACUGUUACUGCGAAUUGUGUUAUUCCUCGUCUAUCUUUUGAUGGGUGCAGGUAUAUUUUACGGUAUAGAAAACCAUGACGAGAGUAAACGAAGGAAAAAUAAUAAUUUUCAUGAGAAAUACAAGAACUUCACAGACAGAUAUAAAAUCAGUAAGGAAGACAUGGUUGCGUUCAUUAAAGGAUUGGAAGAAGCAAUGAAACUAGGAUACAAUGCAACUUCUGGCUUCAACGGCUCGUCUUCUGGCGGUUGGCCCAAGCACUAUCGUUGGCAAUUUAUGAACGCAUUUCAUUUUGCUGGUAAUGUUGUUACAACUAUAGGAUAUGGUCACAUAGCUCCAGUCACGUUAUUGGGAAGAUUCCUUUGUAUUUUAUAUGCUCUUUUUGGAAUUCCAUUGACCGGUCUUACGCUUCGAUCGAUCGGUAACAGAAUUUCCGAGUUUAUCGCUGCCACAAUCAAGACACUAGAUCGUAAAGUGUACAACCGUGAAACCGAAAAAAUCGAAAUCAAGACUGCAUUUUUGGCAUUCGCAGCACUAUGGUUUAUAAUUCUCGUUCCCGCUGCCGGGUUUUCAUUAAUAGAGGACUGGGCGUACCAAGACGCCGUGUACUUUUGUUUUAUAACUUUAACGACCAUUGGCUUUGGGGACUUUGUCCCUGGCCAGGAAAGAGAAAAGUAUGAAGAAGGUGUUGAAGCAUUAUUAGAGUUUCUUAAUCUGUUUUAUAUGGUUCUUGGGCUGGCUGUAAUGUCUGGCGUGAUUGUUUCGAUUAGCGGAGUUAUAGAAGAGAAGACGAAGAACUUCGGUGUUGUGGACCCAAUGGAAGCACUUCGAAACAUCCGAGUGGAAAACUUGAACUCGCGGGCGCUCAAAAAGCUAGGUUAUAAGAUGGGUCCUGGCAUGGGCCCACCAGGAGCGCCUGGCCCGCCAAACCACGAUGAUCCGACUAUAAAUAGCCGGCUCCCACCAAAAUUAGCGCCAAAAGCGAUAGCCGUGGUCGCGGCCUCGGGCAAUGAUCGAACUAUAGAACGAAGCCGUUCGGCGGAAGCGAUGGAUUUUCAAGGGCCAACGCCCGUUAUGUAUUUAAAUAAAAGAAAUGGACCAUCGUAUGAGAACAAAACGACAAGCCCGACUGGAUCAAAAAUGUUUAAUAAUAAAAUAGCACCAACUACAGUAUCGGAAAACCAAACAAUUUCGAACAGCCCGAGUAGAAAGCUCGAUUUACGGAAACGAUCCGAACACAAUUCUACGAGUACGGAGAGUGCCGAAGAGGCACGAGCGAGCGACGAGGAUAGCGAAGUAAAAACAAUUAACGAGCUCAAUGAACUCAGAGAAGAGGCGGAGCUAGAUGCUUGUGAGCCUGUCAAUCAUGAACCGAAGAAUAACUUGGUGAUUCAGGUACAAGUCACACCCAUGCCAUCACCGAGGGAAUCRCCUAUACAAACAAGACCUUCAAUCGAUAGCAUUACUACAAUCCAGAAGAAUGAAGACCCUGACACUGAACCAAUAGAGACCUACGAAGGGUCAAUUAAGGAUAGUAUUGACUCGUCACAUGGCUUCCAACCUGAUAGAACUACAGCUAUUGAUCAUUCCAAAACAAACGAAACGUUCGACAAAGAUGAUGAGUUGCYGGUUACAAAUCCAUUUACACAGGACGCCAAGGAUAAACAAAACUCGCCGCAUAAAGCGAAAACGAACGAUGCCAAAAACGUGAGAACUAAGAAUGGAAUUAUUCAAAAAAAUACGCAUUCGAAACCAAGUGUUAAGAAACAUGGAAGAACGUUUAAGCCUGUYGAACAUAUAGACCUUGGAGAUAAAACUAUAUCAAAGGUACCGAGGUGAUAGAUAGAUAGUAAUGUGUCCCACACGUUAUAACCUGAUCAACGGUACCUUUAUGGUCCUGCAUGGAGCGAGUUGGUUCCUGGUUGGUGUCAGCGGUAAACCUUGCUUAAGCAUGCGCUCAGCUUCAACCUUCCCAUGAUGCAUCAGAAGUGUUUACAAUCUGAGUGCUGUAUGCGCCAAGAUCUGGAAUCAAUCGACAUGGAAAUGAUAUCUCAGUACGUUUAAACCAUUCACGUAAAUAAUAUUCUACAGCUGCACUUAUGGAAGUAUCAAUCAAAUUGAAAUGUUUAGCAAAAUUUUGCAAUUCGAUCUCUUCUUGACGUCUUUUUACACUCAGAUUUGAACAAGAACAUACUUCGCAAGGACUUCAUAAACGGUAUGACGGAYACCUAUUCAAAUCACGGGUGCGCGACCUUACUCAACYAACCACUGGAUUUUCUAAGAGGAGUCAUGGCCAUAACUGUUCAGUAUCACGUGACUUUGGAUGAUCCGUCACAUGACGAUUACUGUUCAGUAUCACGUGAUUUUGAGUGAUCGGUGUCACAUGACCAUUACUGUUCAAUAUCACGUGACUUUCGGUGAUCUGUCACAUGAUGAUUACUGUUCAGUGUCACGUGAUUUUGAGUGAUCGGUGUCACAUGACCAUUACUGUUCAAUAUCACGUGACUUUCGGUGAGCUGUCACAUGACGAUUGCUGUUCAGUGUCACGCGAUUUUAAGUGAUCGGUGUCACAUGAUCAUUACUGUUCAAUAUCCCGUGACUAUAGGUGGUUUAUGUCACAUGACCUCAGAUAGUCAGUGUCACGUGACCUUGGUUGGUGGGAAUCGUUGGUUUUGAUAUAUUUCCGAGCUAAACAGUUAUGUUAAAAACCUACCGGCCUGUUAGGCUUGGUUCCAGGGCUUUUACAAUAAUGUAUUAUAUAUUAUUAUUAUUUAAUAUUUUAUCGAAUUCACAUAACUGCACCAGUAUUAUGUCAUAUUAUAAAUCAGUCGCUAUCAAUCAGUUAUCACAUACUUAAAACCGAAKWAAUUACCRAAGAAAUAGACUACUUCGACRACACGGCGGCCAUCUUGGAUCGCUAGGCAUUAUGGGGUGUCUAGGGGUGCAAAUAUGGAGCUACUGAGAGGCUUGAAAAUUUACUUUUAUUGAAAAAAGACAGCACAUUGAUCGCCUUUUCCCAUGAAAGAAAGACAAAAAACCCUCUAUAUAUCAUCCGCCAUCUUUGUUUUGUCAGUUUUUUCCCCUGGACGUCCCACAAUACCUUACGAUUAAAGAUGGCCGCUGCAUCGUUGAAAUAGAUCUUAGCAACUUGACAUCCGUUGCGCACAUGAACUUGAUGAGAGCCUUGCUCUAGACGCCAUGUUUUCUAUUCCAAACCUUUUAAAAUUCUACUAAUUUUUCCGGUUUUCGUGUCACARCACGUCCAAAAAUACAAUUUAAUUUCCUGGAGUAUUUUUCUUUUCUAUUGAGACUGAUACGUCAAUAACAUAUUGAAUCCGUGAAAAUCUUGAAAUGAGAAAACAUUACGUCAAAACAGCGUAGUUCCAGAGCAAAAAACGCACGAACAGGGGAUGGGUGGAGAGGAAUAUUCUUUCAUUUUAGCUUUCAUUAUUUUGACUAAUCCCUUAACACAUAAACUACAUGAUGUUCAUGAUUACAAGUUUAGUUUCUUCCACUAUUGCAGUAGGAUUUAAAGUUAUUAACUAUCUGGUCACCUAGGAACAYGAGCAAUUCAAAAAGCACCCAGACUCUAUCUUAUUGUAGACUAAUUGAACUUGAACUCGUAGAUCUCGUAACAUGGGAAAUAGGUCUUCAAGAGGGGGCUUCUACCUGGGUGAUUGAAGACGUAUAACCGAUGUUCCUUUAUUUUAAUCCCGGUUAGUCGAUAAAGAAUAGAUAUAGACUAGGAGUCAAAGUCAGUGGAGGAAACAGGAAUUUAAAAAAGGGGUUGCAAAAUGGUCGCCAAGCAGGAAAAGGUGGUGCGAUCGGCUUCACAAAAGGGAGCUCCAAUUUCAUUUAAUUUUACUGAGAAGAGCAAGAAAGAACAUGAUUGGCUCUAAAGAUCUCACAAAYCCUGGAACAACCCCGGGAUGUGCCACUGACAGUUCAUUUCAGGAAUCACUACAGUCAAACCCAAUACAGUUAAUUCGUUAGAUGAUAUUCAAAUUUGAACUCCUGUCUUGUUAAUAUUUCUUAAUUUAUUGUUUUCUAGUAAGGACGAUCGUUUGAAUGAAUACACCGCGAUCUAAAAAAAGCACAUAAGACUCACUUGGCUCGUUUUAUAAAUUAAAAAUAAUAACAUUUUCCAAUUCAGGUUAUUUAUACUUCGAUAUUUAUAAACGACUGCGUUAAAAAAAAAAUGAUUUCAAAGCCAUUCCAGCCAGCGGCUACAGGUAGCCAUGGUAACGUGUGACGUCAGUUUUACGUCAAACUUUGAUGAGCUAUGGCUUCGGAAUUGUAAAUGUAUUGUAAAUAAAUACMUUGAUAAACGAUCCACUUCCAUACAUAGUAGUUUACAUAUAUUUAGUGUAAUUUAUUUAUGAAUAAACAAACGACUGAAAACAAACACACCACAAUUGUAAAUAGAAGAAGWAAGAAUACUUUAGAAUAAAGAAAUCUUUUCAAUUAA